AUGAAUCAUCUCUUAAGUUUUUUUAUUGUCAUUGCGUUGUGUGUUGAGUUGAGUAGAGGAAAACUUUUUCCGAAAGACUCUGUACAUUUUAAAAACUCUCUUCAACCAAAAAACAUUCUCAGGAUCCAUUGUGUAUCGGAAGAAGAUGAUCUAGGCGAUCAUUUAUUGAAUCCUGGACAAACCUAUAAUUUCAGUUUUUAUGAAAGUAUUUUCACGACUAAAGUUGAUUGUGUCUUAUUGCAAGGAAUUGGUGGUUACAAGUUUUAUGCAUUGGUUAGAGCAUAUGAAGGUGGUGGUAUUAUUGUCCAUUAUGGUAAGAGAAACUUUUGGGAUGCAAGAGAAGAUGGAAUAUAUUUCACACAUGGUUGGAUUUCUCCCAAAUUAGAGUACAAAUGGUUAGUCUGGCCAUCCCAUGUCCUUGCACCAUCUCAAUAA